AAAAUAGCCCAGAGCUCUACGGAGUACGGACUACGGUCUCUAACUCUCUACCUAUAUUGCCAUAGAAGUGGCAAGUGUUUCACUCUGGGUUCUUCCGGUGCGUUCAUCUAUUUGGCCUCUUUCAUAUCCAAUUUGUUAUUGAUUACUCAUUUCGUGCAUCCUCUUUUUAUUUCAAUCUAUGAAUCAGUAAUGAGUUAAGCUUAAUGAGUUAAGCUCACGAACUCGGAGGUUUUUUUUAUCUCACUGCUUAUAGUCUUUCUAUCGUUCACGAAUUCGGAUGCUUUUUUGAUCUCACGACUCAGUUCUCUAUCCUUUUAUCAUGGAUUCACCUAAUUUGCGCAGGAAACUUAAGUAUGAAUGGUCUCGCGAUUAGCCUCACCUCCAGAGUCACCGCCACAUGUUUGAUGCAAUUCCCAACACGCCACAGCUUCAGUUGUGGUCCGCGAACUUCCAAUGAACCCUGGCACAACCAAAAUCAUUCCAGAAGAAUUGUCUGCAUGGCGGAACCUUAUUUGAUUUCAAAACUGGAAUCUGCUGAGAAGACAUGGCGAGAAUUAUCCGUUAAGCUUGGUGAUCCAGAUGUAGUUUCAAAUCCAAGUGAAUAUCAGAAAUUGGCUCAGUCAGUUUCAGAGCUUGACGAGGUUGUCUCGACAUACACAAGCUUCAAAGAUUGUGAAAAACAAAUACAAGAAACAAAAGCUUUGGCAAAGGAAGAAGGCGGUGAUGAAGACAUGACUGAAAUGAUAGCAUCAGAACUUGAAAGUUUAGCUAAACAAUUAAGUGAGCUGGAGGAGAAGCUUAAGGUUCUUUUGAUUCCUACUGACCCUCUCGAUUCAAGAAAUAUAAUGCUUGAAGUGCGCGCGGGUACUGGUGGUGAUGAAGCUGGAAUUUGGGCUGGAGAUCUUGUACGCAUGUAUCAAAAGUACAGUGAACGCAAUUCCUGGAAGCACUCCCUAGUUUCGUGCUCAGAGGCUGAUAUGGGAGGCUUUAAGAUAUGUGUCUUGGAGAUAAAAGGAAAACGUGUUUAUAGCAAAUUGAAGUAUGAGUCUGGUGUCCAUCGCGUCCAGCGCGUUCCACAAACUGAAACUCAAGGCCGUGUCCACACUUCUACUGCUACAGUUGCUAUAAUGCCAGAGGCUGACGAAGUCGAGGUGGAAAUUGAUCCAAAGGACAUUGAGCUUACAACAGCACGCUCGGGUGGUGCUGGAGGACAGAAUGUGAACAAGGUGGAGACAGCUAUUGAUCUUUUCCACAAACCAACAGGAAUCAGAAUCUUUUGUACCGAAGAAAGGUCUCAGCUUAAAAAUAAGAACCGGGCUUUCCAAUUGCUGAGAGCAAAACUGUAUGAAAUUAAAUUACGAGAGCAGCAAGCGGUGAUUAGGAACCAAAGAAAGUUGCAGGUUGGCAGUGGCUCUCGUGCAGAAAAGAUCCGGACAUACAACUUCAAGGACAACAGGGUAACAGAUCACCGGUUAAAAAUAAAUUUUGAGCUAACCAGUUUCCUUGAAGGUGACCUAGAGGCAGCUGUUCAGUCUUGUGCUGCUAUGGAGCAGAAGGAAAUACUGCAGGAACUUGCGGAUUCUGUGAAAUCAGCGGCUGCUUGAUAAAUGAUAUGUAUCAUCAUCAAUUUAUAGGACGAGUCAAUCCUGCCAACUUAGUAGUAUGAUCAUCUGAAUCUGUUUGGAUCCAUAGGACAAGUCAAUAGUUGACUGGUGUUCGAUUGCAAAGUUUACAAUGGUUUGACUUGUUCUACAUUCGGAUUAUUGUAUGACAGUCAAUGUCGAUCUAGUAACUAACCACACCGUUCAUAUUUUCGGUUUAAUCAUACUUUUAAUUCGUACGUUUUUUUGAAAGACUUUUAAUUCGUACGUUUUUUUGAAAGACUUUUAAUUCGUACGUUGUACA